AGUUCAGUUAUUGAAGUGUCUAAGUGAGGGUUUGGUCAGAAAAUUUAAUCGAUUACAAGCAUGUCUGAUUCAUUUAAUUUGAGAACUUUGGAAGAGUCCUUGAAAAGCGUUCCAUCGCAAGACCUUAAGGACAUAAAAACGCAUAUCUAUGGACGUUCUGAUGACCACGAGUUAUCAAUCUCGUCAUCAGCCCAAAGAAUUGCUGAAUCCAACAAUUUUGUCAUCAAGACCUAUGGCUUCAAAGCAAAGAAGGAAGAUUUGCGUAAACCACGAAUCGUAAGAAUUGGAGCUGUCCAAACUUCAAUCGCUGCUCCAACAACAGCACCGGUUAGCGUUCAACGAGACGCAAUUUUUGCAAAAGUCGGAAAAAUCAUCGAAGCUGCGGCAGCUGAUAACGUUAAUGUCUUAUGUUUGCAAGAACUUUGGACAUUGCCUUAUGUCUUUUGUACAAGAGAGAAAUAUCCGUGGUGUGAAUUUGCCGAGAAUGCUAAAACCGGAGCUGGAGUUACUUUCUUGAAAGGCUACGCUAAGAAGUUCAACAUGGUUAUUGUUUGUCCUAUUUUGGAACGCGAUGAAGAUCAAGGCGACAUCAUAUGGAAUACUGCGGUUGUCAUAAGCAACACUGGAAAUAUUAUUGGAAAGCAUCGUAAGAACCAUAUUCCGCGUGUUGGUGACUUUAAUGAAUCAACUUAUUAUUAUGAAGGAAACACUGGACAUCCAGUGUUUGAAACGCAAUUCGGAAAGAUCGCGAUGAAUAUUUGCUAUGGACGACAUCAUCCUCAAAAUUGGAUGAUGUUUGGCCUUAAUGGAGCUGAAAUUGUUUUCAAUCCAUCAGCUGAAAUUGGAGGUUCGCUUUCUGAUAGAAUGUGGUUCAUUGAAGGAAGAAAUGCUGCAGUGGCGAAUUCUUAUUUCACUGUUACAAUCAAUCGUGUUGGAACUGAAAUAUUCCAAAACGAAUUUACAUCGGCUGAUGGUAAGCCGGCUCAUAAGGAUAUGGGUCCAUUCUAUGGUUCAGCUUAUUUAGCAGCGCCUGAUGGUACACGUUCACCUGGCAUGCCACGUGAUCGUGACGGAUUGUUAAUUUGCGAAGUUGACUUGAACAUGUGUCGUCAGGAAAGAGAUCUUCAUACUUUCCGAAUGUGUCAACGUUUGCCACUUUAUGCUGAAGGCUUGACUAAGGCUUGUAAGCUGGACUUUGAACCUCAGGUCAUACGAGAAAAUGAAAAUUUGAAACGAAACCAACGUCAACAUACAAAUGAUCAUCAAUUUUGAAGAAAUUGUAAACAUUCGAAAAUGUUCGAUUAACCGACAUCAUUAAUGAUUAAGCAAUAAAAAUCGAACAAAAAUAUUAAACCACAAAAAAGUUU